CCUAACCCUUAUACACACAAAUCUAACCCCUAUAUACACAAACCUAACCCUUAUAUACACAAACCUAACUCCUAUAUACACAAACCUAACCCUUAUAUACACAAACCUAACCCUUAUAUACACAAACCUAACCCUUAUAUACACAAACCUAACCCUUAUAUACACAAACCUAACCCUUAUACACACAAACCUAACCCUUAUAUACACAAACCUAACCCUUAUAUACACAAACAUAACCCUUAUACACACAAACCUAACCCUUAUAAAACUAAGACUCAUACGACUAUAAAACUAAGACUCAUACGACUAUAA